CCACUCCCCGACGCCCGGGCCCGACUCCCACUCCCUCUACAUCGUCGUUCCUCGUUCCGAAGUCCGAACCCUAGGUGGCCGCCGCCGGCAAGCACGGCGCCGGAGCUUGCGGGACAACAUAGGAAGGCCCAGCAGCGCUCCACGGGGACAGCGUGUGCGCCCACAGCUACUUAGGGCGGGGUUGCAGGGGGGUCCCAGCGGCCGGCGGCGGCCGAACGCCAGCGCCGGAGCCCGGAGGUGCUCCGCGGCGGCCAGCAGGCAUUGCGGCCUACGGCAUCGAUUCCACCCCUCUCCUCACUGCGCAUUCGCCCGUUCUCCCUUCUCUGCUCCGGCCUCAGCACAGGCGCGCGGCGAGUCAGCAACUGAGUUACUGACGCUCCUUUGAAGCCGAAACUCCUGCCGGCCCCGUCCCACAGGAGCCCCUGAAGCCUGCGCUCUCACUUGCCGCCUUCCACGACCUGCGUUCAGCAGCCCUAGAACAACCGCCUCCCUUUUCAUCUCCGACGAGGCGCCUCACUCCCAGCUGACACCCAAGGUGAGGAAUCUUACCGCAUCUCCUUCCUCAUCUGUCGAUCUAUUGACAUGCUUGUGAUUUUUGCAAUGGAUGUGCUCUGUUGAUCUGUUGCCUUGCUUGCAUUAUGGUCAUUUGUUGCCUUACUUGUGGUCUCUAAUCAUAUGAUUUGGGUGUGUUUGUUACUGUAUAAAGUUGCUACAGAUUGUUGUCUUGUACGUACUUGUUUGCUGAACUUGUGUUCAAAGUGUCAGGCAGUGCUUUCUUGAUUCAGUUGAAAUAUAUAAAUGGGAUUUAGUGUCGUGAUUGUACUGACAGCCAAUGAUUAUCAUUAUUUUAAAUAGAGAAAGUUCACGUCUUACAGUAAAAUUGUUGACGCAUUGUAAGGUAGAUUAGCAGAAAGUAAUUAUAUCAGAAAGUGUUAAUGUCUUCAGUCCAUUUUGCUGAUUAUUAUCUCUUUUUUUGCUGAUUAUUAUCUAUUUUACUCAUUGGACUAAUUGCUGGUAAUAAUUAGGUUUACCUCAUUGUUUGUGAGACAAUAGAUGAAUGAUGGUCUGGGCUAUAAAGGCAAUCGGGAUGCAUUUCAUAAUAGGGUGUUCUGCGAGUUAUGCUCGCCUUAUUUGGUAUGUGGCCACCAUGUAAACAGUGAUGAAGCCAUAUUAAGUCAAGUUAUAAACAGUGUUUUAAAGGCGUCGCCUAGGCGUCCAGGCAGACCCAGCUCGCCUUGGGUUACAAUGCCGCCUUGUUGCCUAGGCGUCGCCUAGGUGCCACCCAGGCGUACCCAGCUCGCCUCACCUCACCUUACCGCCUUUAAAACACUGGUUAUAAACCAUCCAGGCACUAUGAGAUAUGCGUAGUAUUCAUUUUGAAGUUGAACCAAUAUGUUUAAGAUAUAUAAUUUAUUAGAAAAAAUGACGAACAUGCGGCCAUGUUUAAAUGUUUGACAUUUGAAAUAAAAUUAAAUGAGCACUAGAGCAGUUAGGGAUACUAAAGAUAUUGUGCUGCAAAAGAACAAUCAACCCUCCCACAAUCUAGUAUUCCUAACACCCUCAGCAUCUGCAAGGUGCUUUUUAAAUCACAAGCUUAAACAAAAAUGGCCUUAGUUGCCUCAUCCUUCCCCUCCCUCUUAGCAUUUGAUCAGUGUGGACAGUGGCAAUCCAUCCAGACCUGGGAUUUGCGCACUCCUCUUUUAUUUGUAUGGAAUCCUAGCUUUCUCAGGUGGAUUUUCCCUCCAUUUAAGAGUUGUUCAUGGAGACCUCUUACCUGCUAUGAGAAAUGAAAUCCCAGUUUCUGUCCCUUGCCAUUUACUUGCUCAUUUAUGGAUGCAUGGUUCUGGUUUGGUCGUGUUGACAAGAUCGACCGAUCUCAGGUCAUGCCGUACGACUUGGGUCUCUAGGUGGGGAUAUAGUUCAAUUGAACACCCAUAGCCAGCGCUAAGUGCCGGUGGCUCCCACAUGAGUGGGUUCUGGGGAAGGGAUAAACCGAGGUUGGCCUUUCCCCUACAGUAACUGCAGGGAGGCUUCGUCGAACCCGUGGCCUGGUUCUCAGUGGGUUGGCUUCGCACCAUAGAUAUCAAAGCAUAAAAAACAAUGUUUCGCUAUCUAUUAUGCAUUGGGUUGUAUUUAGGACGUUGUGGCCUUGCUUGAUCCCUUUUCCAUUCCUUUUUUUUUGACAUUUGAAAGGAUUACUUUGAUCCCUAGAUGACGUGGAUAUUUAGCUCCUUCUGUCCUUCCCUUUAUACGAAAAUGGAAAUAUAAAAGCUCGUCUCUAUUUUAUCCCCAGUCCUUCACUUGAUAACAUUUUGUAGUGUUCUUGCAAGAAGAUAAAUAUUAUAGAAUGUCACAGAUGUAUAGAAUUUCUUUUGCACUUCAGUCCUCAGGUAGAUCAAGACUUUGAAAGGUGCGAGUAGCUUGUUUCACAAAUGUUAAAUCUUUGGCACCUAGAAUUUAAAGAUGACGGUGGAAGGUUUUCUAGAACAUCUCUUGUACGUUGGGCUCCGCUUUAGUAGAAAUUGUAUACUAGCGUAUCACUAGUUGCGUUGAGUAUUGUGGCCUUUUCUUUUUAUAUAUCUUUUGAGGUGAUAGGCACUACAGUCUUUUGCCUUGCUUGUUGCACACCAGGCAGUGCAAUGAAGGUUAAGAUUCUUCAGUGGCAUGCGAUAGCUUCUUGGACGUGGGACACACAAGAUGAGACAUGUGGCAUAUGCAGGAUGGCAUUUGACGGUUGCUGCCCUGACUGUAAGUUCCCUGGUGAUGAUUGCCCGCUGAUCUGGGGCGCCUGCAACCAUGCUUAUCAUCUUCACUGCAUACUGAAGUGGGUCAAUUCUCAAACAUCUACACCCCUUUGCCCCAUGUGCCGUAGAGAGUGGCAGUUUAAGGGCUAAGGCACAAUGACACAUCUGGAGAUGUAUUAUCACCAAGCGGCUUUCAUUUCUCACUGGAGAAUGCUGUAUUGUUUGCUGAAAAAGUACAAAUCCUGAUUGUCAGCACCUGCUUAAGUGACCCUGUGUAUGCUUCUGACUUUGUAAGGAAGCAACCAAACCACAGCUAGGCACCUGCUUAAGUGACAGUGUAAUAGUGUAUGCUCCCUGAUUUUAUCGCAAGUUUGUUUGUUCCUAUUGUUUAACUUCUGAAGGAUUCCAAUUGUUAGCCAUAGAUAUGCAGUUGAUUGAAUUCUUGUUAGCUGAAAGUAAAUUUAUGAUAUUAAGUUGUCCCU